CUGCUCCCUGCGUGCUGUAGAGCAGAGACUGCAGCUGGCGCUCAGGCACAUAGCAGCUCUGUGCUUCCGUCCGCUGGAGGCGUCUUCCUGCAUGACUCCUCCCGGAGCCCACACCGGCAUGACUCCUCACCUUCCGCCGCUCUCCCGUCCAGCACCGCGAGGUUAGGCACCGGAGAGGGCAGGUGCCAACACGAGCACGGCCCCGCGCACACCACCACGCACGCACACACUGUGCAUGCAGACCUUCAGCUAGGAAGCACUGGGACGCUGAAGCAUGGACUAUGUUGCCAGAGCGAAUCAGGCAGAGAUACGGCGAGCUGCCCGGGGAGCUGCUGCUGGUGGAGCUGGACAAGGAGCGGCAGGGUCUGGGCCUGAGCCUGGCAGGAAACCGCGACCGCUCCUGCAUGAGUAUCUUUGUGGUGGGCAUCGCGCCCGGGGGGGCGGCGGCCCGCGAUGGCCGCAUUCGCAUUGGGGACGAGCUGCUGGAGAUUAACGACCAGGUUCUGUAUGGCAGGAGUCACCAGAAUGCCUCGGCGAUCAUUAAGAGUGCUCCUUCCCGGGUCAGGAUCAUCCUCAUCAGGAACGAGGAUGCGAUCAACCAGAUGGCCGUGCCGCCCUUCCCAGCCCCGCCGCCGCCCAUCGUGCCGCCUGAGCCCUACCAGAAUGCCGUGUCCCUCGAGGACACGCCUUUGGCAGUUGACAGCCUGGCCCUCGGCACAGACCGCCCCGAGACCCCUGCGGCCAAGGAGGUGGCCGCCUUGGAGCCUGUGGGGGGCAUGGAAUCCUCCUUUGGGGACACAGCCCGUAGGACCCUCAGCGAGAGCGAAUCGGCCUCUAAGGUCUCCAGUCUCCCUAAACUCUCUAAGAGCCUCAACAUGCUGCCCUUAGACAAGCCCACAUCCCCCUUUGCAGCUCCUGCCCCACCCAGUGCCAGUCCUGACCCUGAGUACUGCAGUCCAGAUCCAGCCACUUGUCCCAUUGUCCCCGGUCAGGAGACGGUCAUUGAGAUCUCCAAGGGACGCUCGGGACUGGGGCUCAGCAUCGUGGGCGGGCGGGACACACAGCUGGAUGCCAUUGUGAUCCAUGAGGUGUACGAAGAGGGGGCGGCAGCUCGAGACGGCCGGCUCUGGGCUGGAGAUCAGAUCCUGGAGGUGAAUGGCGUGGACCUGCGUGGCGCUGCACAUGAGGAUGCCAUCACGGUGCUGAGGCAGACCCCGGCCAAAGUGCGCCUGAUGGUGCUGCGAGAUGAGAACCAGUACCGUGAUGAGGAGAACCUGGACGUGUUCCGCGUAGAGCUGCAGAAGAAAACCGGCCGCGGCUUGGGCCUCAGCAUCGUCGGCAAGCGGUAACGGGGACACUCAAUGGUACCCGGCGUGUUCAUCUCAGACGUGGUCAAGGGUGGGGCGGCCGACCUGGAUGGUCGGCUCAUGCAGGGGGACCAGAUUCUGUCCGUCAACGGGGAGGACAUGAGGCAGGCCUCACAGGAAACCGUGGCGGCCAUCCUUAAGUGCGCCAAGGGCUUGGUCCUCUUAGAGCUCGGCCGGCUGAAGGCCGCCUCCUGGGUGUCGUCCCGCCACAACUCGCAGGGGAGCCAGAUGAGCCACGGCAGCACCAAUGGCUCCGGCACCGGGUCCCUGCCGCCGACUGCCAACCCCCCCCACCUCCCAUUUCACCAACAGUGUUCGGAAGCUUGCGGUCGAUUCUGCCGUCAAGAGCCCAGGAGGCGACGUGGGGAUGCGCACCGUAGAGAUUACACGGGCCAGUGUCGGAGUGGUGUGAUAAUGCUGUCCGAACCUCCUCUUCCGUUUACGGUCCCAUCAGGACCCACCGAUGCUCUUUGUUUCCAUCAGGAUUGUACUGCGUGUUUGUGUGUCUCUGCGUGCGUGUGUCUCUGCGUGCGUGUGUCUCUGCGUGCGUGUGUCUCUGCGUGCGUGUGUCUCUGCGUGCGUGUGUGUGUCUCUGCGUGCGUGUGUCUCUGCGUGCGUGUGUGUGUCUCUGCGUGCGUGUGUCUCUGCGUGCGUGUGUCUCUGCGUGCGUGUGCGUGUAAGCAGUAUGAGCCUGCCCUCCAGUGCUCAGUCCUGUCCCUGCCCCCCCUUCUCUCCUUGAAGGGCCCUGCGGACGCCCUGGGCAUCAGCAUUGCCGGGGGUAAGGGCAGCCCCCUGGGCGACAUUCCCAUCUUCAUCGCCAUGAUCCAGGCCAACGGCAUGGCAGCUCGGACACACAAACUCAAGGUGGGCGACCGGAUUGUGAGCAUCAACGGACAGGCGGUGGAGGGCCUGUCGCACGGCGAGGUGGUCAACAUGCUGAAGAAUUCCUUUGGCAGCAUCAGCCUGAAAGUCAUCGCAGACACCAACAUCAGUGCCAUCGCCAGUCAGGUGGCAGCUUGUCCAGCGGCGCCACCCCCCCCAGCGUGCCGGAAGCCCCGGCAGGCCAGCCCCAGACACCACAGCCCAAAAACAUCACCCUGGAGAAGGGCUGCGAUGGCCUGGGCUUCAGCAUUGUGGGGGGGUAUGGAAGCCCCCCACGGAGACCUCCCCAUCUACGUCAAGACUGUCUUCUCCAAGGGGGCAGCAGCCAUGGAUGGGCGCUUAAAGCGAGGGGAUCAGAUUCUGUCCGUGAACGGCGAGUGCCUGGAUGGGGUGACACACGAGCAGGCAGUGGCUGUGCUGAAGCGCCAGAGAGGGACAGUUACACUGGAGGUCCUGACCUAGCUAACGCCCCUCCCCCACCCCUACUGACUGGGAGCUAUGGGCCAUGAAGGGGAUGUGGGGUGGGGUAGCGAGGGAGAGAGCACGGGGACUGGAGGAGUUCUAAGAUGGGCAGAGCCUGGCCCAGUUUUCUCACUUCACCUGUUCUUCCAAAAGAGGAGCUUAGGUUGGCCUGAAGGAUUAUGGGAUAUGCGUUGCUCCGGAAGGUACCACUGAAUUGGGAUUGUGGAGUGUGCAGGACGUGUCCUUGUCCCUUUUUUAUCACAAUUUUUAACUCCGUGAGUGUAGGAGAGCUGUCAGGAUGAGGAGGGUGAUCCGAUCAGGACCCUGCAUGGUGCCAUACAGUCCUGCGGUCAGGACUGUGGCCUGCCAGGUCUGUCAGAUGUGUGUCUGAAAAUCACCAGCCCACUGAAAUGCUCACGCAGCCUAGGUCUGUGCAGCCUGGAGGCCUGGGUGGUGCGCCGGAGUGUGGACCGAACCUGUCACGUGGUCACCGAGGGACUGAGGACACCAAGGCACAGGACUCCAGCAGCUUGUGAGAUGCUCCCUGCCCUCGUCUCUUCAUCACCGGGGGGAGACAGGAACCUGCUCACACUCAUCCAGAUGCUGCUUCUUCUCAAAGCGCCGCAUUCUGAUUGGCUGGGCAGAAGCCUGGCCUCUGCAACGUCACAUUCAUUCACCAGAAGACAAGUCGGUGUGCGGUAAAUAGAGUGCCAGGCUGCAGAGGUUUUAGGAUUGGGUCUCCCUAUGGUGCCACUUGUUCCGUGUCCUGAACCUUAAAGCAACAUUCAGCAUAGAAAAACCUUGAGUUUAAUUAAAAAUGGAGUAAAUGCUGAUUGAUUCCAAGUAGCAGUUUCGCUAAGCCUCGUCUUUCACAUGCCUCAUGCCAUUUGUGUUGGUACGUUUGCCCGCUGUGUCCAGCGGUCUGCCUCCAUUUGUCUCCCCUCUCGUGCCUGAAUCUCUCCGGUGCUGAUGACAUCCCACCUUGUCUGUAGUCGCUGGCCUGUGGUUCUGCAUGGGCUUCGGAUUUCGAGGGUCUGGUUCCCAGAAGGCAUCUUCCCUUGGGAAAGCUGAGAUCUGGGAUCCGGACUACACCGGGACAAGCAUUACCAGAAUGCACCCAGCUCUGCUGAUGUUUACCACGUACCAGGGGACUGUCAUACACAUACCAGCUGUGCUGAAGCAUUUGGCCUGUCUGCCCCUCUAUCUGAUGCCUCUAGUUUGAUUGGUUAUUGCGUUGCUAUGGAAACCAGCCCUGUAACUUACUGCAUUCUUCAUAACCAAUCCUGGAGUCUGUCCCUUGAAAAUGACAUCAGAGUUGCAUUGUGUUAGUUAGGCCUUCCCUGUCAUGUUUUUAUUCUGUCCAGAUGCUGGUUCCCUUCCCAGCAUCCUCCGGUUGUCUGCAGGCCCGUUCCUGAGACCCGUCCACCAUCUUGACUGCUGAGUGUCGGAUCUCGUGUCCAGCACAAUGUCUGUUGCUUGUGUCUUUUUCUUUCUGUCCGUUGAGAAAAAGUAGUAGGUGUGUCCAGCCCGAUGGUGAAGUUAGGAGCCGUGCACCGAAUCCUCUAACCCAGAACGCAGUAUUCAGAGCUUCUCAGACCUUUCAGUGACGGAGUGCUGUCCCCUGUAGUGCCAUAGAAGGGUCUCUUUUUGUACCUGUCGGCCAAUCGAUGUAGAAUGUCUUCACAUCCAAAGAAAAUGUUAAAAUCACUUAACGCUGUAAUAAAAGACACGAUGCACACGUGA